CUUAAGCAGGAUUGGUGCACACUUGGAGGAAUAAUCGACACCAUACAUCUGUAGAGGAUGAAAGUUUAUUAUUGGUCUAAAAGAUCACGAUUUUUGUGGAAAUCCCGCCCAUCUAAAUCGUGAUUGGAGCAUAGUUCGUCUGCCCAUGUCUCUCCAUGCAGAUACGACUUCGGAUGGCACCACUCAGAAUAAAGGGAAAGAACACUUGGAAGACUGACGUAGUUAAGCGAAUAUAUUUACCCGAGACAUUCAGUGGGAUCAGUAGAUUAAAACUAACUGCUUCUCAAAGGAUUUAAUAAAACGUUGCCCAACAAGUUUCAACUAUGACUGAACCAACGUGCCUGCGGAGACGGGGGGGUCCUUAUAAGACCAAACCUGAAACAGAGCUAUGGCGGUGGAGGCUAAGGAAUGUGGAAGGAAGGCAGACCUGGCACUAUGUGGAGGACGACAUUCCUGACAGACAACAGAACAUGCUGGAAGCCCAUUCUCUGGGUUUAGUAACGAGCCAAUUCGUCUCUGACUCUCCCUCAGCAAAAACUGUAGUGGGAGCAGCCCUGAAGGGCAUGGAGUUUUACAGCCACCUACAGGCAGAGGAUGGCCACUGGGCCGGAGACUAUGGAGGACCUCUCUUCCUACUCCCAGGUCUCUUGAUUGCCUGCCACGUGGCUCAAAUUCCCUUGCCAGAAGCUUGGAAGAAAGAGAUGGUGAGAUAUCUACGUUCUGUUCAGCUACCUGACGGAGGCUGGGGCCUACACAUUGAAGACAAGUCUACAGUGUUUGGCACUGCACUAAACUACACCGCCCUCAGAAUCCUUGGACUAGGACCAGAUGAUCCUGACAUGGUACGGGCCAGGAAUGAACUGCACAGCAAGGGUGGUGCUGUGGGAAUUCCCUCCUGGGGUAAAUUUUGGUUGGCCAUUCUGAAUGUGUACAGUUGGGAAGGACUGAAUACACUCCUACCAGAAAUGUGGUUGUUUCCUAGCUGGAUGCCGGCGCACCCAGCCACUCUGUGGUGCCACUGUCGUCAAGUGUAUCUGCCCAUGAGCUAUUGCUACGCUGUCAGGCUGACAGCUAAAGAGGAUCCCCUGGUGCUAAGCCUCCAACAGGAACUCUAUGUUCAAGACUAUGCCACAAUCAACUGGAUUGCUCAGAGGAACAAUGUAGCAACUUGUGACAUGUACACACCAUACAGUACACUACUCACAGUGGCUUACAUGGUCAUGAAUGUAUAUGAGGCCCAUCACAGCACUGUACUGCGAGGCAGAGCAGUCAAAGAACUGUACGACCAUAUCCAGGCAGACGACCGCUUCACCAAUUUUAUCAGUAUCGGCCCGAUCUCCAAGGUUAUCAACAUGCUUGUGCGCUGGCAUGUGGACGGACCAUUUUCCUCUGCCUUCCAAGAGCAUGUGGCCAGAAUUCCAGACUACCUCUGGUUGGGUUUGGAUGGUAUGAAAAUGCAGGGAACCAAUGGAUCACAGCUAUGGGACACAACUUUUGCAGUACAGGCCUUCUUAGAGGCAGGAGCCCAGAACAACCCCAAGCUUUCAAAAUGCCUUAGACAGGCCUACCAGUUCCUCAUGGUCACCCAGAUACCUGACAACCCUCCCCAAUAUCAGAAGUACUACAGACAGAUGAACAAGGGAGGGUUCCCUUUUAGUACACGUGACUGUGGCUGGAUUGUAGCUGACUGUACGGCAGAAGGGCUGAAGUCAAUGAUGCUGCUUCAGGAGCUCUGUCCUUCUAUCACAAGUCAGGAUGCCACCUCAGAGCGCCUCUAUGAUGCUGUGAAUGUGUUGCUGAGUAUGAGAAACACUGACGGUGGCUUUGCCACCUAUGAGACUAAAAGAGGAGGAAGACUACUGGAACUCUUGAAUCCUUCAGAAGUAUUUGGUGACAUUAUGAUAGACUACACCUAUGUGGAAUGCACCUCUGCAGUCAUGCAGUCUCUGAAACACUUCCAGACGGCAUACCCAAGCCAUCGUGUUGAAGAAAUCCGGUCCACACUGAGAAAAGGACUUGAGUAUUGCAGAAAGGUGCAACGGCCUGAUGGAUCAUGGGAAGGGUCUUGGGGAGUGUGUUUCACAUAUGGAACCUGGUUUGGGAUUGAGGCCUUUGCCUGUAUGGGUCAUACUUACAAACAUGGUAGUGUGUGUGGGGAGGUACAGAAGGCAUGUGAGUUUCUGCUGGCCAAGCAGAUGGAAGACGGAGGCUGGGGAGAGGACUUUGAGUCGUGUGAGCAACGCCGCUAUGUCCAGAGUCCUAACAGUCAGAUCCACAACACAUGCUGGGCCUUGCUAGGCCUUAUGGCUGCCAGGCAUCCAGAUGGCCAGGCAAUUGAGAAAGGAGUUCAGUUGCUGAUUGACAAGCAACUUCCCAGUGGAGACUGGCCACAAGAGAACAUUUCAGGGGUGUUCAAUAAGAGCUGUGCUAUUAGCUACACUUCCUACAGGAAUAUCUUCCCGAUUUGGACAUUAGGACGCUUUUCAAACCUAUACCCAUACAGUCCCCUCACUGGAAAAAUCAAGCUCAAAGAGGGUUGAAACAGUUGACUGAAAAGAGAUUUCCUAAAUUCAAUGUAAAAAUUAUGCAAUUAAAAAGAAACAUCUGUCUCACACUUCUGAA